GCAAGCGUUGCGCCUCCCUCUCUUCCCCCCGCUACACACCAUGGCCGGCGCACUCCCCAACGCAAAGAAGGACAUCCGCAGGAUCAGAGAUGAGGACCGCGAGUCGCGCUUCGGCCAGGUCUAUGGCGUGUCCGGCCCUGUCGUCAUCGCGGAGAACAUGACCGGCGCUGCUAUGUAUGAGCUCGUCCGUGUCGGCCAUGACGAGCUUGUCGGCGAGGUCAUCCGUAUCGACGCGGAUAAGGCGACGAUCCAAGUGUACGAGGAGACGUCCGGCGUUACGGUCGGCGAUCCCGUUUUGCGCACUGGAAAACCGCUCAGUGUUGAGCUCGGACCUGGCCUCAUGGGGAACAUCGUCGAUGGUAUCCAGCGGCCGCUCCGAUCCAUCCAAGAAAUUUCCAAAUCCAUCUAUAUCCCCAGAGGUAUUAACACUGAGGCUCUUGACCGGAGCCUGAAGUGGGACUUCAACCCCGUUAACUACAAGGUCGGGGACCACAUAUCCGGAGGUGAUAUCUUCGGGCGCGUGUACGAGAACUCCCUCGUUGACAACCACAAGAUCAUGCUCGGUCCUCGCGGGCUCGGUACCAUCACGCAUAUUGCUGAGAAGGGCAGCUAUGCGGUAGAUGACAUCGUGCUAGAGACUGAGUUUGAGGGCAAGACGACAAAACACACCAUGAUGCAAGUUUGGCCUGUCCGUGCACCCCGACCAGUCGCGGAGAAGCACACUGCAGAUUUCCCCUUGCUUACCGGUCAGCGUAUCCUGGAUGCCCUUUUCCCAUGUGUGCAGGGUGGUACUACUGCUAUUCCCGGUGCCUUCGGUUGUGGCAAGACGGUCAUCUCUCAAGCACUAUCCAAGUUCUCGAACAGCGACAUCAUUAUUUACGUUGGUUGCGGAGAGCGCGGAAACGAGAUGGCCGAAGUACUCAUGGACUUCCCCGAACUUACUAUGGACGUCGGCGACCGCCAAGAACCUAUCAUGAAGCGUACCACUCUCGUCGCAAACACCUCCAACAUGCCUGUCGCAGCUCGUGAAGCGUCCAUCUACACCGGUAUCACUCUCGCGGAGUACUUCCGUGACCAGGGCACCAACGUGUCCAUGAUGGCUGACUCAACCUCACGUUGGGCCGAGGCGCUGCGUGAAAUCUCCGGUCGUCUUGCGGAGAUGCCUGCCGACUCCGGUUACCCUGCGUAUCUUGCGACCAAGCUUGCUAGUUUCUACGAGCGUGCUGGUAAGGUCACCUGUAUUGGUAACCCCGUCCGGAAAGGAACCGUUUCUAUCGUCGGCGCUGUGUCUCCCCCCGGAGGUGAUUUCUCGGACCCCGUCACUGCGGCUACGCUCAGCAUCGUCCAAGUCUUCUGGGGUCUCGACAAGAAGCUCGCGCAGCGGAAGCACUUCCCCUCCGUCAACUGGUCGCUCUCGUACUCGAAGUACACCAAGGUGCUGGAGCCGCAUUACGAGACCACUGAGCCCGGGUUCGUCGAGCUGCGCACGAAGACGAAGGAGAUCUUGCAGAAGGAGGAGGACCUCGCGGAGAUCGUGCAGCUGGUCGGCAAGAGCGCGCUCGGAGAGGGCGACAAGAUCACGCUCGAGGUCGCGCGCAUGCUCAAGGACGACUUCCUGCAGCAGAACGGCAUGAGCGAGUACGACCGCUUCUGCCCGUUCUACAAGACAAGCGCGAUGUUGCGCAACUUCGUCGCGUUCCACGACGCGUCCCAGCGCGCGGUCGCACAAGGCGACGUCACGUUCGCAAAGAUCCGCGAGUCUGCGGGCGACCUCAUGUUCAAGCUGUCGCAGAUGAAGUUCGAGUCGCCGUCACAAGGAAAGGAGCCUAUCAAGCAGAAGAUGGACGCGUUGCACAACGAAAUCCAGGAGAAGUUCCGGCAGCUGGUAGAGUAAACGGACAGAUACCCAACCAUUCACGCUUUGUAUGUCGCAUAGUUUCCUACACUUCCCUGACACAACGCAGCUCGUACAUGAACACACCGUACGUAUAUUGAGUUCUCGAAAUAGUCUAACCUUCGUCUUCCC